AUGUCUCCUUUAGUCAAUCCUCUGGCAACAUUGCCAUCCGACAAUACGCCAUGGUAUAAGCAUGGCUACCUUCUCAAGUUGAACUAUAUCAUCAUCUCUCUAGUUCUGUUCUCUUCCUCCAACGGAUACGAUGGCUCCGUCAUGGGCGGCCUGCUCGCUUUGCCUCGCUGGAACCAGUUCAUGGAGUUCCCUACAGGCGCUUAUCUCGGCUGGAUCACCGCGAUCUACUGGCUCGGCAAUGGCGUCGCGUUCCCUCUGGCCGCUUGGGUAUCCAACAAAUACGGGCGUCGGCCGGGUAUCUACCUGGGAUAUCUGUUCAUGGCUCUAGGAGUCGGCAUGCAGGGCGGUGCACAGAACAAGACUACCUUCACCGUGUCUCGGCUGUUCAUAGGCAUCGGCUCGGCAUGGCUGGGGAAUGGCGCUCCUCUCCUGAUCAACGAGAUCGCCCACCCCAAGCAUCGGCCAAUUGCCAACGCUCUCUUCAUGUGCGGCUGGUACGUCGGCGGCACGGUCUGCGGUUGGGUCACGUUCGGGUGCCGAGAUAUCCCCUCCGAGUGGUGCUGGCGUAUCCCCGUCCUCAUCCAGCUUGUCUUGCCUGCUCUUGCUCUUCCAGGCUUCCUCAUGUCACCUGAAAGCCCCAGAUGGCUCAUUAGCGUCGGCCGGAAGGAACAAGCUCAGAAGGUCCUGGCAACCUACCACGCUGGAGGUGACAUGGACAACGAGCUUGUUACGUACCAGAUGCUCGAGAUCGAGACCACCAUCGCUGCCGAGAUCGAGGCUACCGCCAGUGCCUCUUACAUGGACAUGGUCAAGACUCCAGGAAACCGUCGCCGCCUGCUGAUCUCGGUCUCUCUGGGAAUCUUCUCGCAGUGGGUCGGAAACGGAGUCGUGUCGUACUACCUGCCCCUUAUCCUCGACUCGGUCGGCGUCAAGUCAGUCACCGACCAGACCCUCAUCUCGGCGUGCCUUAAUGUCUGGAAUCUGCUGUGGGCCAUCUUCGCUGCCUUGAGCGUCGACAAGCUGGGCCGGCGCCUUCUGUUCUUGCUCUCUGGAAGCAUCAUGCUGUGCAGCUUCGUCAUUGUCACCGGCCUCAGUGCUACGUUUGCCCAGAAUGGCUCGUCGAGUGUUGGCCUCGCCGUCAUUCCGUUCCUGUUCACAUUCUUUAUGGGUUACGAUAUCGCCUUGACUCCAUUCCUCACUGCCUACCCUUGCGAGAUCUGGCAGUUCAGCCUCAGGUCGCGUGGCUACACUGUCACCUGGGUCUCGGCUGUGGCGGCCAUCUUCUUCAACACCUUUGUCAACUCGAUUGCCCUCGAGGCUAUCGCGUGGAAGUACUACUUUGUUUUCAUCGCAGUCUUGGUGGUCAUGCUUAUCACGGUGUACUUCUUCUACCCAGAGACUCGCGGGUACACUCUUGAGCAAAUCGCGAUCGUCUUUGACGGAGAAGACUCUGCUGCGGCAGUUGUCGCCCAUGAGAAGAUGGACGAGGCUGCAACAGAACAUCACCAGCCAGAACAGAAGUCCGCAGUAUAG